UCAGCAACGAGAACCGCUUGAUCCGCCGCAUUAUUUUAGCGAGCUCUCUUGCUUUGCCUUUCUCAACUAAGUCAGGACAUUCGUGUAAGAUUAGGCUUCAGUGAUGGAUGAAAAGCGCAGAGCAUCCUGUCAGUAUGGAUCCCUGGAAUGCACGAAAUGGAAAACAGAUGUGGACCAAACAGAGGCAGAUGUGGUCUCAAUGGCAGACUCUACUAUCACAGUGGGGGACAUAGAGGGGGAACUCUAUAAGAUUGAACGGAUCAGAGACAUUUUGAUCAGGAGGGAAUCUGAGCUAAGAUACAUGAUGGAUGAUAUCCAGUUAUGUAAAGAAAUUACAAGACUGAAGAAAGAGCUUCAAAAGCUUUUGUCUAUCCCAGAUAAUGACAAGUCUAAUGAAGACAAACAGAAGGAGGAAGAGCUUCUGAAACAGAUUCAUAAAUUAGUGGAGGCCAGAGACUUCUUAGUAGAUGACGUGGAGUUUGAGCGUCUCAGGGAACGGGAGGAGGACAAAGAGAUGGCUGAAUUCCUUAAGUCCAAACUACCAAAAACCAAGAGUGUUGCUCGCAGUGGGAGAAGUCUGCCCAGAGCCCAGCAGAACUCUACUCCAUUUGUAACCAAGACAGGCCUCACUUUGCUGAAAGAGUGCUGUGGAUUCACCUGCUCUAUAAUGUAAAAGACGCACUUUCGGCAGUGUCAGCCAGGAACACAAUGCAAUUAUGGAGCCUUGGAUAAGGAUGACCUUUUAAUGACACCAGGAGACUCAAAUGUGAACCAACACUAGAGGUUUCUGAAAGACAAAGCUAUGAAGUUGUCUGUUAAGGAAUAGCAGUUUAUGCGUCACUCUUAUAUAUUUUUUUUCUUAUUUUUCCACACCCAUUUGCUUGCUUUCUACCUAACUCUCAUUUUUUCUUUGAAAAAUCCUGUUUCAUUGUAUUACAGAGAAAAUGUUGUACCCUCUCAAGGGUCCUGCUGUCAGCAGCUCAGCUGGUUUGCUGUCAUUCCCUACCCUUAUCUUUUCCCUCAUGAGACAUUGCUACAGCACUGCAGUGCCUGUGACUUCAUCAUCCAUAAAUGCUCAAGUUUUAGUAGAGGUUCCAUUUAGACUGUUGUGUCUUAGCCAAGCCAGGCUCAUUGGAAAUGUGUGCUUGUGGCAACAUUUAUGCGAAAUAACAUUAUGUUGCUUCUUGCAUUGUUUCAGAACACAUUGAAAGUCAAAUGUUCCAGUGAGUGGUGCUAACUGGACAUUCCUUAUUAUCCAAAACAGAUGAACGUGAAUCUGGCAAUGUUUUAUUAUGCUGGUUUUAAUACUUAUGGUGGCAGUUUGGAAAUUAAAUGUCGGUGAGUGGCAUUAAAAUGUGAAAAAUAACGUACCACCUACACUAAACCCUACCCUAUUCCAAUAGUAUUAACAAAAAGCAAACAUGAGAUAAAAACACUGAAGAAACAAUGCAAUUUUAGCUCGCUUCUAUAAGUCUUUGAAAUCAUUUAUUGUGAUUGUGUUUCACAGGACUCGUACCCAAGUGCUCCACAUUGCCAAUGCAAUGCUGUACCAGGUGAGCUAAUGAGCAAGUUUACUAUGCCAGAAAGGCCAUACAUAUGAAGUUGAUUAUAUGAUUCAAACAUCAAAAUGUAUUAGUUUACACAGUAUUGUUCAAGGAACCUUGCGCAAGACUUUAUUAAUCAAUAAUCUGCCCCCUUAAUCAUAAUUUGUGUAAAAAGGAAUAAAUGGUUUCAGUGUUUUACUGCUUUAUAUUUCUGCUGGAAACUGCAGUGCAUUUUCCAAUGAGCCUGGGUUGGUCUUAGUCCAUGUACAGUGGCUAAUGAGAUGUUUGCGCCACUGGUUGAACAAUUAAGCUAAUUUAGUUAUUUUAUUGUAUUACAACAAUUUCCAUAAUUGACAAUAUAACAGUUUUCUCAGCAAAUAUAUUCACAGGAGCACAGGCGCUUGCACGAAAAAAAUUAAAUAAAUGAAGAACAUUUCAUUCGGGUGAACAUCAUCUAAUAGAGCCACACACCAGGAGCCUGUCCUUUCCACAGCUUGAAGUCCAGCAUGUCUCACAGUGCCAAAGCAUGUUGUUUAUGUUCUCUGGUGAAGUGCUUUCAACAAUUUCAAGGGCUCUUCUCUGUGGAGGCAAGGCUCCAUAGCAACCAGCGCAUUGGACAAUUAGUCUUUAGUCGCUUUUAGUAGCUAAAAAUGUUGUUAAUCAGGAGUCAAUUCACACAUUUAUAGAGUGUAUCUGUAGAUGAUAAUGGAAAAGAUCAACAUGCCAUUGUGGCUAGGUGAACCUAUGAAUAAUACUAAACAUUUUGGAUUUUGUUUGCAUAAGUGCAGGACUCUACUAAAAUUUAUCAAUAAUUCAACUAAUCAGCUUUGACCCUGAAUGCAAUUAUGCUUAUCGGUUUAUUCAUUUUAUGUUGCAGGUUUAAUUAUGGUAUUAAGCAUCAUGAGGCAUUGUGGUAAGGAGCCUUUUAAUUAGUAUGUUAGACUGCUGCGGCCCACAGCCCUCAGCGGUGAGCAUUGUGAGUGGAAACCCCUGUUGACUCUAGUCUUAGUGAGUAUUUAUCGCUAGUUAAAGGUCAUUCCUGUCGCUCAUACGUUAAUUACCUGACUGCAGUCUGUCUCUUCUGAGUGGACUGCUCACAUCUGCUCAUUACUCUGAAGGGUAUGUUUCUCAAACAUGAAAUGAGCUGAUUUUGUUUGCAGAACUUGAAAAUUUCCAUUUGCUUGUAUCUUGUACUUUUUAGUUUACAUAUGAAUAUGAUCAAAUGUGCCAUUGGGGUAUUAUUAUAUACUGAAUUGUGAGAUUUCUUCAUGUUUUCCCUUUGUAUGUAAAGUCUCUGGACAAAAUUGCACCUAAAAUCAACCUGAUCUCAUGGGAAAUUUUACGGAAACAUACAAUUUUAAGGGGGAAAAACCUAUCACCUAAACCUAAACCUAAAAACAUCUUUAUAUAAAUGAGAUAUGAGAUUUAUAUAAAUUAAAAAACUGAGUGUGUUUUGUCAUC